CUCAUAAUUCACUAUCAACCCUAAACAACAACAUUUGCACCACCACCACCACCACCGCUGAAACCUACCUUUUUCUCCGGCGAAAAUGGCCGCCGCUAGCAUUGAGGAUAUCCGCCGGGCUCAACGGGCGGAGGGCCCCGCCACCAUCCUCGCCAUCGGGACCGCUACUCCCGCGAACUGCGUCGAACAGACCGAGUACCCUGAUUUCUAUUUUCGCAUCACUAAUAGCGAACAUAUGACCGAUCUUAAGGAAAAAUUUCAGCGCAUGUGCGAGAAAUCGCAGAUAAAGAAGCGGUACAUGCACUUGACGGAAGAAAUACUGAAGGAGAAUCCGAACAUGUGCGCGUACAUGGCACCUUCUCUUGACGCGCGUCAGGACAUAGUUGUGGUGGAGGUCCCGAAGCUCGGGAAAGAAGCUGCACAGAAGGCCAUAAAAGAAUGGGGUCAGCCGAAAUCAAAGAUCACCCACCUCGUUUUCUGCACCACCAGCGGCGUCGAUAUGCCCGGCUGCGACUACCAGCUGACCAAACUCCUCGGCCUCCGCCCCUCCGUCAAACGUUUCAUGAUGUACCAGCAGGGCUGCUUCGCCGGCGGCACUGUUCUCCGCAUGGCCAAGGAUCUCGCCGAGAACAACGCCGGCGCUAGGGUUUUGGUUGUUUGCUCUGAAAUCACCGCCGUCACUUUCCGGGGACCCAACGGCAGCCACCUCGACAGCCUCGUCGGACAGGCUUUGUUCGGUGACGGCGCCGCCGCCGUCAUUGUCGGCUCCGACCCGGUGGUCGGAGUUGAGAGGCCGCUGUUCCAGCUCGUCUCGGCGGCGCAGACGCUUCUGCCGGACAGCCACGGCGCCAUCGACGGGCACCUCCGGGAAGUGGGUUUAACUUUCCACCUACUGAAAGAUGUUCCAGGCCUGAUUUCGAAGCACAUCGGAAAAAGCUUGAAGGAGGCGUUUGAUCCACUGGGAAUCUCCGACUGGAACUCCAUUUUCUGGAUAGCUCACCCCGGCGGUCCGGCGAUUCUUGACCAGGUGGAGUCAACUCUAGCACUCAAGCCGGAGAAACUCCGGUCGACAAGGCACGUGCUGAGCGAGUACGGGAACAUGUCGAGCGCGUGCGUGCUAUUCAUACUGGACGAAAUGAGGAAGUCAUCCGCCAAGGAGGGGAUGAGCACCACCGGAGAAGGGCUGAACUGGGGUGUGCUUUUCGGGUUCGGGCCGGGCCUGACGGUGGAGACGGUGGUUCUGCACAGCGUCGCUAUCAACUGAGAAGAAUGAGUGGUCCUGUUUUCUAGUUUAAAUGAAUAUGUUGUAUUAUUAAUUUAUUAUGCUUUUCAUUAUUCUCUAUUUUCUUUUUAUUUUUAUUUUUAUUUUUAUUUUUAUAUAUAUAUUUAUGUAUGAUAAUUUACUGGAUUGGGAGUGACUAGUCGAUAUUGGAAUAACAAAGAAUAACGCAUCAAUGUUUGUUAAGGUGUGGUAUAUUAUUU